GUUUUUAGAGAAAACCGACCCUACCAGAACUCUCUAGGAGUCUCCCUUCAUCUGUCUCUCUCUCUCUCUCUCUCUCUCUCUGUAUCAUCGUGGUGGUGAUCGUCCCGUCGUCAUUCCCCUCAGCCUCAGCCUCAGCCUCAGUCUCAGCCUCACUGCCUCAGGAUUUAAUUUCAAAAAGAUGAAGAGCGCAGCUCAGCCGGCCCAGAUUCCGACGAGCUUCGGCAACGAGCUUAGGGCCUGCCUCCGUUGCCGCCUCGUCAAGACCUACGAUCAGUUCAGAGAAAACGGAUGCGAGAACUGCCCCUUCUUCAAGAUGGAUGAAGAUAGCGACCUGGUCAACGAAGGCACUACUCCCAAUUUCAAUGGCAUCAUUUCAGUCAUGGAUCCUGACAAGAGCUGGGCUGCUAAGUGGCUCCGAAUUUCGAGGUUUGUUCCUGGUUGCUACACUCUUGCAGUUUCAGAGGCUCUUUCUGAGGAUUUGCAGAAUAUAUGUGAAGAUGAGCACGUGCAAUAUGUACCACCAAAACGUGUAUGAGCGUUGCCUAAUGAUCAGACCUGCAAAAAGACUGCCUUUGAGACUAGAAGUAGAUUAACUUGUUAUGGAAACAGAUGGUUGUUGGAGGUGAAUGUUCUGUUGGAAUGAAGGCAUCUAGCGAAAUAUUUAAAUUCGGACGCUUGUGAUGUAGUGAAUCUGUUUUGUUUUGUGUGUUAUGUAGCCGCUUGUGAAUGUUGAUUGAGACAGAGUAGUAGUUUAUCUGUGUUCUCAUCUUUUUCUAUGUGUUUCAAAAUCCACAUCAGCAAACAAUGGAAAAGAUAUUGCAAACUACUGGUUUUCGUUCAA